UUUUUAAAGGUAAAAAUGAUUGGAGGCGACUAUACUUUGGAACUGUGUAAUGUUUACCAUUCCGGGCAGGUGGAGCCAGGCAGCUUUUUCCAACGUCUGACAGGUGGCGUGAAGACUGGCAUCAUCCUCAAAGAUGUCUCCUUCACUACACACAGCGGAGAGGUCACAGCCAUCCUUGGUUCGAAAGGUAGCGGCAAACGCGCCCUCUUGGACGUGAUAGCCCGCCGCGUACCCUCCAAGGGUCACAUCCUCCUUGAAGGAGUUCCUCUUGAAGAAGAGCAGUUCAAAUCCACAUGCGCUCUGGUGCGCCACUCGACCAAACUGCUACCGGGUCUAAGUGUGCAACAAACUUUAGCUCUUUCACUUACUAAGCUAUCCGGAUACCUGAAGUCGUCAAAAGUUAAACAGGUCAUGGCUGAUUUAGCUCUAUCACAGGUGGCUAACAAAUGCGUGACAAAUUUAACUCAAAGCGAAUAUCGACGCUUGGUCAUUGGAGUUCAACUUAUCAGAGAUCCAAUCAUACUUCUCCUGGAUGAACCAACUUGGGAUUUGGACCCCUUGAACACGUAUUUGGUGAUCUCCAUACUGUCUAAUGCUGCUAAAAAGUAUGGCACCGCUAUCAUACUUACAAUGGAGAAACCUCGAUCUGACGUGUUCCCGUUCCUGGAACGCGUUGUGUACCUGUGCCUUGGCGACGUGGUGUAUGCAGGACCCACUCGAAGCUUGCUGGAUUACUUCGCCAGCAUCGGCUUUCCCUGCCCGCAGCUCGAGAACCCCUUGAUGUAUUACUUGUGCCUAUCAACAGUAGACCGCAGAUCUCGCGAGCGCUUCAUCGAAUCGAACCACCAGAUUGCAGCUCUCGUCGAAAAGUUUAAGCUGGAAGGCCAGGGCCUCAUGCAGGGCCAUCUCAACGAACACAGCAGAAUUAUCAAUCCUAAUAAAAUGCAGCUUAAUUAUGGGAAUCCAGGUGGCGUGAGAAUCAUUUGGAUGUUAUACUUGCGUGUAUUAGCGUCUAUCUUCAAUUUGAAAAAACAUGGCUUGAAACAAAUGUUUAUGAGGUUAUUAUGCUUGCCACUGUACUUCCUGAUUCUUUGGGUGUUCUACAAUGAGGCUAAGGAUUACCAAAGGGCAUUCAUUACGAAAAGCGGUUUAAUAUUCAACGCGAUGGUCGGUACUUACUUUAUCAGCAUUAUGAAUACUAUUUGCUUAUUUGGUCCAUAUCGAACGAGGUAUUACCAGGAGUCUCAAGAAGGCCUCUACAGUGGCGCAAGCUUACUAUUAUCCUGGAACUUGGUAUCAAUACCGUUCUCCUUCCUCACUACUUUCGCUUCUGUGGCUAUUGUUUACCCGAUUAUAUCAGAUAUAACGGAAAGCACGGAUUACUUAUACUUCUCUCUAGUGCUAUGGUCGUGCUACAUAUAUGCUGAGCAGCAGGCUAUCGCCGUCAUGAUGUUCGUCAAGAACGGUCUUAUUGCCGCUAUGGUCAAUAUUUACCUCACAUGCAUUUACGUAAUGCUUGCUAGUGGUGUUUUGAGGUCCUACAAAGGUUUCGAAGAAUGGCUUUUCUACAUAACCUACAUAACGCACACGCGUUACGCAUCAAUAUUCCUUCACAGAAACAUAUUCAAACAGCCCACAUUUAACAUUCUGCCUUACAGCGACACAGAAAACUGCACGUCUAUAACUAGUCUCAUUCAAACGUCGUCAAAUCUGAAUACGAAUUCAAAUGCGAACUGCCGGUACGCGAGUGGCAAAGCGUUUCUUACUGAACGUUUUACAGCUAAGAAUUUCAACGGGGAUAUAUACCUGUCGGGUGAUUUUAACAUGGAUUUCAAUUUGGGUAUAGCGUUUGCCUUUUCAGCUGGAAUGAUGGUAUUGAAUAAGUUCUUGUAUCUCAUACCGCUGCCCAGUUAUAUCAUCGAUAAGUUUCGAGAAUAGAACUAAUUAUCCGUCAGAAUUUUAGGAAAAACAAUAGGGCGCGUUCCCAUUUUGUCGUGACGGCAGAUAGUCGUGUAGUUUAAAGUGUCGUAGCUUGUAUGAAGACAUACACAUAGAACAACACGAUUAACUGUCGUUCACGACUUUUUAGACGUUACGACGACAAGAAUGUCGUUACAAUGCGAAGAGCUAGAACGACAAUCAUCCGACGAUAAAUAAAUCGUCACGAUAAAAAUGCGACGACAGAUAAUCGUAGCUUCAAA